AUGAAUCUCAUGAACAUGGAUUCGGAGAACCGAGUGGUUCUGAACGUCGGUGGCAUCCGGCACGAGACGUACAAGGCCACGCUGAAGAAGAUUCCGGCGACACGGUUGUCCCGGCUGACGGAGGCCCUCGGCAACUACGACCCGGUGCUGAACGAGUACUUUUUUGACCGCCAUCCGGGGGUGUUUGCCCAGGUGCUCAACUACUAUCGGACGGGCAAACUGCACUAUCCGACCGACGUUUGUGGACCACUGUUCGAAGAAGAACUGUCUUUCUGGGGUUUAGAUUCCAACCAAGUAGAGCCGUGCUGCUGGAUGACGUACACUCAGCACCGGAAUACGCAAGAAACAUUGGCUGUUUUAGAUAGGCUAGAUUUAGAUACGGACAAACCCUCCGACGAGGAGGUGGCGAAAAAGUUCGGUUUCGAAGACGCUUACAAUAAGGGUAAGGUGAGCUGGUGGCAGCACCUGAAACCGCAGAUCUGGUCGCUGUUUGACGAGCCGUACAGUUCCAAUGCCGCCAAGAUAAUCGGCAUCAUAUCAGUUUUCUUCAUCUGCGUAUCGAUCAUAUCAUUCUGCCUGAAGACGCAUCCCGACAUGCGUGUGCCGUACAUCCGAAAUAUCACGGUGAAAACGGCAAGCCAAAACACCUCCUGGGUGCUGGACAAAACCCAGACGAACGCCCACGUCGCAUUUUUCUACAUCGAGUGUGUCUGCAACGCGUGGUUCACCUUCGAAAUAAUGGUACGCUUCAUCUCAUCCCCGAGCAAAUGUAGGUUUUUAAUGUCAUCUGUAAAUAUCAUCGACUACAUCGCCACGCUGAGUUUCUUCAUCGAUUUGAUACUGCAGCGGUUCGCGUCCCACCUGGAGAAUGCCGACAUCCUCGAGUUCUUCUCCAUCAUCCGUAUCAUGAGAUUGUUCAAGCUGACGCGGCACUCGUCCGGGCUGAAAAUCCUGAUCCAAACUUUUCGCGCCUCGGCCAAGGAACUGACGCUGCUGGUGUUUUUCUUAGUUUUAGGUAUCGUGAUCUUCGCCAGUCUGGUGUACUACGCCGAACGGAUACAAAUCAAUCCGCACAACGACUUCAACAGCAUACCGCUGGGGCUGUGGUGGGCGCUGGUGACGAUGACCACCGUCGGGUACGGUGACAUGACGCCGAAAACCUACAUCGGAAUGUUCGUCGGUGCGCUGUGCGCCCUGGCCGGUGUGUUGACGAUCGCCCUCCCGGUGCCCGUCAUCGUGAGCAACUUCACGAUGUACUACUCGCACACGCAGGCCCGCGCCAAACUACCCAAGCGAAGACGCCGGGUCUGUCCGGUUGAACUUUCCAGGCCACCUCGAUUGCCAGGUCAAGGUGGGCCCGGUGCGUGCGUAAACACCGGAUCCGGCAAGCUUCCCUCUUCCAACGCGCCCAGCACGGGAAGCAUGGAUCAAACAAUUAGACGCAUGAACGCCAACCGUACAAUUUCAAAGGACGUCAUCCUGCCAAAGAUGGCAUGA